AUGGAUAUUGAUCUUGAAGACAGUGCUGAGGAGUUGAUAGUUGGUCUUGAUACCUUGAAGCUUGUUCCUAAUAAGAUCCCCACACCACCACCUAAGAAACAAUCUGCCAUUAGUACUCCAACAAGGACGCCUCUAAGGAUCCUUAAGAACCUCCGUGUCUGUGAAUUGUGGGUAAGUACUCCGGUGAAGACACCUCUAAGGAUCGCCGAGUGUCUAUAUAUCUGCAGUGAGUAUAACAGAUACAAUUCGGUGGAAGAUCGUGACCAAGAUUGUGGGGACGGUACUGAUUGA